GAGCAACCCGUUCGACCUCAUAUUCCAUGAAAUUCAAGGAGGUGCUCGAGAAGCACCGCACGCCACGACGACACAUUGACUACGGGUUGCUCAAAGAGCGCAUCCGAAGCGGAGUCUCGCGCAAGCGUUUCGAGCAGUUGCUCGCUGAUGAGGUUCGCGCUGUCGACGGCGAGUUGCAGGCAAUGCAGGCGAGUGCAAGCAGCCUGAGUGUGCGCGAGGUGCAUUCGUUUGCGGUCCUGAAUUACCUGGCGCUUCGCAAAAUCGAGAAGAAGGCGGACAAGUGGUUGGCGGGAUCCAGCAGUGGCUCGCUUGUCUCGCAAUCCCGCCUCUGCAUGCUGCUCCUGAAUGCUUCGCUUCCGGUCGAGCUUGCACGCGCGCAGCGAGGCGAGGAGGUGGGGUGCAGCGCGAGCACAGGGGGUGGGUGCGAGGAGAACUGCCCCGUUUGCCUCGACGCCUACAAUGCGACGGAUCACAUCGUCCUGACUCAGUGCGGACACCGCUUCUGCUACUCGUGCAUGGCGGAGUGUGCCCUCGCCGGCUUCGAGAGCUGCCCCGUCUGCCGGAAACCGCAGUCGCUCGACCCAACGCUCGCCGCGAUCGACAAGCUCCUCGGCACACAUGCGGGAGGCAAGUACGACCCGCUCGCAGCGCCGCUGCCGACGGCAGCAGAGGAGGCGGCAGCAGCCAAGCGGCUUGAGGCGGAGGGCGGCUCGGCGGCGGGUUCCGGCGGUGGCGGUGGCGGCGAGCUGAGAGUGCUCACCUGGAACCUGGCCGCAAUCUGCUUCCCCUUCAAGGCCCCUUCCUGGCAAAUCGCGCUUGGCGUGCUGCUCGGGCUCGACUGGGCGGACUCGUACGGCGACGUCGCCCUCGACGCGCAGUCGUCGCGCGCCAAGGCUCGCUGGGCGCAGCAGGCGGCCUACAUCCGGUCCUCCUCCGCCGACCUGGUGCUGCUGCAGGAGGUGUCCGGCAAGGCGACGCUGCGGGCGCUGCUCGGCGCUCUCCCCGACUACGAGGCCGCAUACGUGCCGUGGCGGCCCACCUACUUCGCCGUCCAGCUGUUCGCCCUCGCCGUCCUCCUCGUCGCCUCCGCAAAGCUCCUCCUCCUCGAGGCGUUCUGUGCGGCGGCGGCGCUGCCGCUGCCGCUGCCCGCGCACCCGCUCGCCCGGCUGGUCCUCAUCGCGGCGGUCUGCGCCACGCGCUGGCGCCACUCCGUAGUGACGCAGUACCUCCUCGGCUCGAUCGCCGGCCAGGCGAGCCAGCAGCCCGACCCGCCGCCGCUAGCGCCCGCCACCGCCGUUUGCCCUCCCGGCCCGUCCUCUCACCCCCUCUGGUGCCGGCGCGAGCAGCUCGUCGUGCUGCGCCGGCGCGGCUCGCCCGCCUCCGCCUUCGUGCACACCGCUUUCGACGCGUUCGUCGAUGCGUGCUCCGCAGAGACGAGCAGCCCGCUCAAGCAGCCUGCUGGAGCCGCGUCCCCCGCCGUCAAGCUCCCCGCCUGGCAGUCGUGGCUCCUCGGGCAGUUCUUCCGGCUCCGGCCGCGUGGCGUGCAGGAGGUAGUCGUCGCCCUCGCACAGGGCGACGUGCCGGCCUGCCGCCUCACCCUGCUCAACACGCACUUGCCGCACCUCUCGUCCAACAGCACCCUCGUCCGGUACCUCGCGCGCCGCAUCCACGCCGCCGCAGCCGCCACCUCGUGCAUCUUUAGCGGCGACCUCAACCCCGACAAGGGCAAGCCACUACGCUCGCAGUUCGGCGCCAUCUUCCAGUGCGGAGCGACUCUCGGCGAGGAGACUGGCGCGCUCGUCACUUGGGAUACCGCCAACCCGCUCAUCCGUGGCAAGAAGUGCAACCCGGACGCAGACAUGCAGCUCGACUUUUGCUUUCUGCACCAGCCCAACGAGCCGCGCCCGCUGCUGAGCCGCAUGAGGUCGUCCUUGCUGCGCCGCGAGGCCUUCUUUCUCCCCGGCGCGCCUCUGUCGGACCACAUCGGCAUCCUGACCACGUUUGAGCUGAGGGAGUGAGGCACGAGAGUGAAGACGCCUUGGCUGUUCUAGUAUGCCGGUUCGCGGGAGCUGUGGGACCUCUCUCCGAGUCUGCAGAGCGCCCGCAGCUGCACGUGCUCCCUCCAUUCUAGCGGCGGGGAGGAGAGAGAGAGGAGGGGAGAGAGAGAGGGUGGGGUCUGGGGUGAGGUGAGGGGCGGGGGCGCGUCGCAAUGGCCAAUUGCGGAAUUUCGGCCCUCGCCCCGGCCCAUCAUGCCUCAUCGCAGCGCUCCGCGUGCGAGCUGCGACCGUAUUUAUGACAGCUCCGCUCAUACAAUACACUCAUUGCACAUUGGACAGGUUAGUCGUGAAUCGACGCACAGGAGAAUAAAAAUAAUGACGCGCGC